ACAGCGACGGGGCAAGGAGCGAGCGCGAGGGGCACGGCUCGGUGCCGGACGCUCCCGGGUGGAGGAUGGACGGAGGCGCGAAGGGGCCGCGGAGCCGGAGCAGAGCUGCGCGCCGGGUGUGACGCUGCCCAGCCCGGGAGCGGGUGACGUCCGCGGCCGGCGCUGGCCCGUGGGGAGGGCACGGCCCGCCGGGGGGGCAGCUUCCUCCCGCACCCUCGUCCCUCUUCUUCACGGUGCAGGUUUGCCCCAGCCGCAGCCCUCGGUCCCGCGAUGCGGCGCCUGUGACGGGGCUGCUCGGCACCGAGCCGCCGCGACGGACGGGCACCGGCGGCUUUGGAUGGGAGCGGCGGCUCGUCCACGGACGCGGCUGGGGACAGCGGCACGUUCCUGCCUCCGGCUCUAAGGAUGCAGCAGCUUCUCCUGCUGGGCUCCCUCUGGCUCCUGGCGGCACCUCCGGCCUCCGGCAUCUACCAGCGGCCGACGGGGAGCCCAGCCGCCCCGCGCCUGCAGUACCUGCUGGAGCCCCUGCACGCCGAGGUGCACACGCAGCGCGGUGCCACGGUCACCCUGCCCUGCGUCCUGCGCGCCCUGCCCCGCAACUACCGGGUGAAAUGGAGCAAGGUGGAGCCGGCCAACUACCUGGAGAGCAUCAUCAUCAUCACCAACGGGCUCUCGCACAAGAACUACGGGCCGCUGAGCCCCCGGGUGAGCCUGCGGCACAGCCACCGCUAUGACGCCUCGCUCACCAUCGCCAACGUGGCCUUGGAGGACGAGGGCCGCUACCGCUGCCAGCUGGUCAACGGGCUGGAGGACGAGAGCGUCUCGCUCACCCUGCACCUCGAGGGCGUUGUCUUCCCCUACCAGACCAGCAACGGGCGCUACAAGUUCAACUACCACGAAGCCAAGCGGGCGUGUGAGCAGCAGGACUCCCGCCUGGCCACCUACCAGCAGCUCUACAAAGCCUGGACCGAGGGCCUGGACUGGUGCAACGCGGGCUGGGUCCUCGACGGCACCGUCCACUACCCCAUCAUCAACGCGCGCGAGCCCUGCGGGGGCCACCUCCUGCUCCCGGGGGUCCGCACCUACGGCGCCAGGGACAAGCAGAAAGACCGAUACGACGCCUUCUGCUUCACCUCUGCCGUCAAAGGCCAGGUCUACUUCAUCCGCGGCCACCUCAACUUCAAGGAAGCCGGGCAGGCGUGCCGCAACCACGGGGCUGCCCUGGCCAAAGUGGGGCAGCUCUACUCCGCCUGGAAGUUUUCCCGGCUGGACCGCUGCGACGGGGGCUGGCUGGCGGACGGCAGCGUGCGCUACCCCAUCGCCACCCCCCGCGAGCGCUGCGGGGGGCUGCCGGAGCCCGGCGUCCGCAGCUUCGGCUUCCCCAACAAGGACCUGCGGACGUACGGCACGUACUGCUUCGCGGGGAGAUAGGCGCGCCGGGAGGCGAGGCGGGCUGAGCGCGAGAUGGGGGGGGGAAAUGCGUUUUUGGGCUGGUUUCCGGUGGUUUGAGCAUCCUGCAGAGCGACAGAGCUGCUCCCGCCUGCUUUGGCUGCUCUCGGCGGGCGUUCGGGGCUCGUGGGAGAAGCCGGACCCUUUGCCAGGCCGGGAAGAGGGACCGAUCCAGCCCCGCAGUGGCAACACAGGGUCCCUGCUCCCUCCCGCCCCGGCGCUUCCUUCGCCCCGUCCUCGCUCCCCGCGGCCGCGAAGGCUCUGCCUGGUGCAAACACGCCGGAGAGUGGGGCAUUAACGAGCGUGACUAAUGGAGUUUCGCCUUCUCAAUUAAUAAAGCGAUGGCAAAGCC